UUGUUGUGUGUGUAUUUGUAUUGUUUGGUGAUUGUUAGUGUCAGCUUUAAGAAUUAUUUCCUUGUAAAAAAUAUUCCUAUCUUGAUUAAUCAUUAUUACUUAUUUACGGAUAUUACGAUACAAAUGAUAAAGAAGUGGGGAUAUUAAAAAAAUAUUUUGAUAAUGACUCUUUGGUAACAGAACAUGUAUGAGUGUGUAUGAGUAAGGAGUAAGCUGUUUGAUUAGGCGAGGCAAACAAUAAUUGUACUUGUUACUUCUUUUAUGUGCAUCAUUAAUAAGAUAAAAUACUUUUUUGUUGAAUAUACGUAAGAAGUUCGGUUUAGCAGUUUGCGUUUCUGUGCAUUUCUGUGAUAAUUUUUGUGUAAUUGUGAAGGGUGGUAACAUCAUUAUAGAAGAAACAAUUGGAGACGUUCAUUAAACAAAUUAUUUUUUUCUAAUAUUAUACAAAGAUAUUUACCAUAAUGUCGAAGAAACCAACAUCACAACCUGCCCUCCACAAAGUUAUUAUGGUUGGAAGUGGAGGUGUUGGAAAGUCUGCACUUACAUUACAAUUUAUGUAUGAUGAGUUUGUAGAGGACUAUGAACCAACAAAAGCAGACUCCUACAGAAAGAAAAUCCUUUUGGAUGGUGAAGAGGUUCAAAUUGAUAUUUUGGACACUGCGGGGCAAGAAGACUAUGCUGCCAUAAGAGACAACUAUUUUAGAAGUGGAGAGGGGUUUCUAUGUAUUUUUUCAAUUACUGAAGAGGAGAGUUUUCAGGCAACUCAGGAUUUUAGGGAACAAAUAUUACGGGUUAAAAAUGAUGAAAAUAUUCCAUUUUUAUUAGUGGGUAAUAAAUGUGAUCUGGAGGAUAAGAGAAAAGUAAGUUUUCAGGAGGCUAGCGAAAGAGCAAAGCAGUGGGGUGUUACUUAUGUUGAAACAUCCGCUAAAACCAGGGAACACGUUGACAAGGUAUUUUAUGAUUUGAUGAGAGAAAUUCGUGCCCGUAAGAUGGAAGAAAAUAAAACAAGUAAUGGCAAAGGGAAGGAUAAAAAUAAAAGAAAGAAACUUAAAUGCACAAUUUUGUAAGUGUGGAUACAAACUUUCAUGUAAAUAAGCACUGGUGAGUUUGCUUUAUGAUCUGGUGAAAUAAUCCAAAGUUAUGAAAUUUAAAUCUUAAUUUAAGUUUCAUAAAUUAAUAUUUAUUAUAAGAUAUAGCUUUUGAUGUAGGGAUGUAUGUGUGCUGUAAGUUUUGUAUGUUGUAUUUUGAGCAGUGACUGUCUAACGAUGUCCAUAAGUAUAUAAAUAAUAUAUACUGUAUACAUAGCUUUUGUAUAAAUUUAUAAACAUAAUGUAUUUGCUUCGAGGUCGAACAGUAUUCAAGAAAAUUAUAUUUUUCUUGUACCAAGCUGAUUAAAGUGGUAGUUAAGUAAAGAUGGCACUGGUAAAUUAAAAAUGCGAAAAAUCAGAUGAAAAUCCUCAGCCAGGAAUACACAAGUGUGUGAGCUCUACUGACACCUAUUUAUAUCAGAAAUCUUAGGCUGGAAGUUGCACUACUUUACAAAAAAAAAUUGUCUUUUUAUUAUGAAUAUUUAAAACAUUGAAUGAAUCACAAAAAAUAUAAUAUAGUUUGUAGAAGUAAAAUAAGACAAUAAGAACCACAAAAAUAAAUGCUUGACUGUU